CCAAUACUAUUCUUCAAUGUAGAGUCAGUGUGUUCACAGCUUGGCUCUGCCAGUGGGCAUCAAACAGUGCAGUCAGAACAGAUGCAGACUCUGAGUGUCAGGACUUGAAAUGACCCAUUAUAGUGUCUCACUUCAGAAUGUUUAUCACAUGUGUGGGAGACGUUUAUGUCUCAUUCAUAACCUCCCAUGAACGGUUACAGCUGAACCGGGGAUCGAUACGUAAAACAACUCAUCUAAAAGUAGAAUCGAAGGGCGGCAAUGAAAAAACAGAAACGCUGAAACGCAAUUCUCGACGUUUCUGAUAUAAUGUUCUGGGCCAUGAGUGUGUGCGGGGAGUGAAAGGAGCCGCUCCUGAGAGGAGGAGCGAGAGAGCCGGGGACCUAUCGAGAGAGCCGAUCCACAAGACGCUCCAGCCUGUGGUUCGUAGCAGCAGCGCGGCCGCUGAAGGAGCACCGGACCAGUAGGCGUGUGGAAACAGUUAUUACCCAAACCGCCGUUUGAGCAAAUGAAAACGGAAACAUUUUUUUUUACAUGUGGAUUAUUUCGGGAAAACGAAUACAUCAAUUGUUCAUCGAAGAAAGCGAGCGGCGAGCGGAUCUGAAGUGAUUCUCGACGACGGGCGAACAAGCGUCGCUGGCUCCUGUAUUCGGCCGAUGAUGUACUGCAACUGAUCUGCAGCCCCUCCCACUUCCUGCCUGCAGAGGAAGCGGCUCUGCCAGCAUGUCUUCUCAUCCCCAGUCGGUGCCGCAGGGCCGGAGGGCGGUGGACACGCGCCACCUGCCCAACCCUGCCUCACUGCCCCUGCAGCUGCAGCGGGCACACACGGAGGUGGGACUGGUGGACUACCACUCUCAUGCGAGGGACUACAGCUCCCAUCUGGCCCAGCCUCAUCGCCGCCGGCCCUCCCUGCUUCCGGAGUUCCAGCCGGGGAACGAGAGAGGCCAGGAGCAGCACAUCCGUUACGAACACAUCUACCUGACGGAGCCCAACAGCCAAUCAGAGGUGGAGUAUGCCGAGAUAAAACGACCUCGCUUGGAGAUGGGGCAGGAAUCUCUGAUGAGGCACUCUACCCACCGGCCCCCGCUGCCUCUGGGGGGUGGAGAGGACAUGGCCAAGGAGCGUGGCAGUUCCAUGGGGAAGCUGGAGCCCAUCUCCCCCGUGAGCCCGGCCCAGAUGGACCCCGACCUGGAUCUGGUGUCCGCCCGCUUCUCAAAGGAGGAGCUCAUCCAGAACAUGGACCGCGUGGACCGGGAGAUCACCAUGGUUGAGCAGCAGAUCUGCAAGCUCCGCAAGAAGCAGCACCAGUUGGAGGAGGAGGCUGCGAAGCCCCUGGAGCCGGAGCGGCCCAUCUCACCCCCCCCCAGCGAGGCCAAGCACCGCAGCCUGGUGCAGAUCAUCUACGAUGAGAACAGGAAAAAGGCAGAGGAGGCUCAUCGGAUACUGGAGGGACUCGGGCCCAGGGUGGAACUGCCUCUGUACAACCAGCCCUCGGACACCAAGCAGUACCAUGAGAACAUUAAAAUAAACCAGGCCAUGAGGAAGAAACUCAUCCUGUACUUCAAGAGGAGAAACCAUGCUCGGAAGCAGUGGGAACAAAAGUUCUGCCAGCGCUACGACCAUCUGAUGGAGGCGUGGGAGAAGAAGGUGGACCGCAUCGAGAACAACCCGCGCCGGCGGGCCAAGGAGAUGAAGGUGCGCGAGUACUACGAGAAGCAGUUCCCCGAGAUCCGCAAGCAGCGGGAGCUGCAGGAGCGCAUGCAGAGCCGCGUGGGGCAGCGUGGCAGUCUGGCAUCGUCCGCGGCCCGCAGCGAACACGAGGUCUCGGAGAUCAUCGACGGCAUUUCGGAGCAAGAGAAUACGGAGAAGCAGAUGCGCCAACUUGCCGUCAUCCCGCCAAUGCUGUUCGACGCGGAGCAGCAGCGCAUCAAGUUCAUCAACAUGAACGGCCUGAUGGGCGACCCCAUGAAGGUGUACAAGGACCGGCAGGUGAUGAACAUGUGGAGCGAGCAGGAGAAGGACACCUUCAGAGAGAAGUUCAUCCAACACCCCAAGAACUUCAGUCUGAUCGCGUCCUUCCUGGAGAGAAAGACGGUGGCCGAGUGCGUGCUCUUCUACUACCUGACCAAGAAGAACGAGAACUACAAAAACAUUGUGCGCAGGAACUACAGGCGCCGCGGCAGAAGCCAGCAUGGCCAGCAGCAGCAGCAGCAGCAACAACAGCAGCAGGUGAGCCGCAGCAGCCAGGAGGACAAGGAGGAGAAGGAGAAGGAGAAGGAAGGGGAGAAGGAUGAGGAGAAGGCCGAAGCAGACGACAAGGAAGAUGGAAUGAAGGACGACACUUCCGGGGAGGACGGCGAGGACAAGGAGCCCGCCGUGACCGUCAAGGGCCGGCGCACGGCCAACAGCCAAGGCCGCCGCAAGGGCCGCAUCACACGCUCCAUGACCAGCGAGGUGGAAGAGAGCACGGCGCCGCCGCUCAGCAGCGAGCUGGGCAAUCAGGAGAUGAAUGAGAGUUCUCGCUGGACCGAAGAAGAGAUGGAGACCGCCAAGAAAGGCCUCCUCCAGUAUGGUAGGAAUUGGUCCGCCAUCGCCAAGAUGGUGGGAUCCAAGACAGUGUCCCAAUGCAAGAACUUCUACUUCAACUACAAGAAGAGGCAGAAACUGGACGAGAUUCUGCAGCAGCAUAAAAUGAAAUCGGAGAAGGAGCGUAAGGCCCGGCGCAAGGGCAAAGCCACGCAGAGCGAGGAGGCCAGCGCCCCCUCCACCGCCGAGGAGGAGGAGAUGGAGGUCUCGGGCGCCAGCGGCAACGAGGAGGAGGCGGCCGAGGACGGAGAAGGGGGCGCCAACAACAGCUCGGACACGGAGAGCCUGCCGUCCCCUCGCUCCUCGGAGGACAGCAAGCCCAAGGACGGGGAGGGCGGCGCCAAGGGCUCCGCCGGCAGCAACGGGGAGAAGGAUGCUGCGUCGGGCUCGGACCAGGGCUCCGUCGAGGAGAAGCCCCCCGCCCCGGGGGACCCGGACAAGGCCACCAUCAAACAGGAGGUGAAGACCGAGGCCGGGGAGCCCGGCAAGGAGCAGCAGAUGCAGCCGAUGCAGGCGCCGGUGGCGGCAGCGAGCGACUCAACAGACACCAAGCGGGCCCUCGUUGGGGAGGAGACAAAGAGCUCAGCCAAGACCUCCAAGAGGGAGCACGGCGUGAAGCAGGGUUCCCACGGCGACAGUGACUCCAGCGCCACCUGCAGCGCCGACGAGGUGGAGGAGAGCGACAACGGCGAGAAGAACAGGAUCACCUCUCCCCGUCCCAGUCUGCUCAACUACAGCCACGACGGUGUCACCUCCUCCCCGCUGCAGAAGCCCAUGGACCUCAAGCAGCUCAAGCAGAGGGCCGCUGCCAUCCCAACUAUUAUGGCGGAGGCUCUGGGGCAGGGGGCCAAGCGGGGGGCUCCUCUGCCGGUCCUCGGGGGCCCGGGCCUGGGAGGGGCCAAGGCCAUGCUGCAGCCUAACGCCCUGGCUCUCUACAAGCAGCAGAUCACCAUGGCCCACGGAGAGUCCUCCCUGGAGGCCAAGCAGCAGCAGCAGCAGCAGCAGCCCCUAGUCCCGGGGCAGCAGCUCAAGCAGCAGCAGCAGCAGCAGCAGCAGCAGCAGCAGCAGCAGGCCUACUUAGGGCAGGCGGAGCGGGAGCGGGCAGAGGCCCUCCGCAGCAUCAGCCCCCGCAUGCGCCCUCGAAGCCCCACCUCUGGAAACAAGGACGAGCUGGAAGGCAACGAGAGGUGGUUACAGACUCUGCUUGAUGGAUUGCACAAAUCCCGGUCGUACUCCCCGCACGGCGAGGCCAAGAAGCUUGAGGAGCCCAGGGCGUCCUCCAUGGGCCGCCCCGUCCUCUCCACGUACCCCAUGUCCCCGCGGGACAUGGCCAAGAUCAGCCACGACCAGCACCUGCUCCACUACAACUCGUUCCAGCAGGCUGGUCACCCGGCGCCCCCGGCCCUGCAGCAGGACAGCAGUCGCCUGGCAGCCGUCCGGCCCCUCCACAUGCCCGAGCCACCUCCCCUCAUCUCCUCCACCAAGCCAGGGGGCUCUAUCACUCAGGGCACCCCUGUCCAGAUGCAUAGCCCAGCUCAUGGGCUGGACCACGGGAAGAUGGCCCCCACUCCAAUGGGUUUGCCUUGGAUGGAUCAGAGGAAAGUGGCCGGACCCUACCCCGUGGUCAAGCAGGAGCAGCUGUCCCCCCACUGCUCGUCUUCCCAGGCUGAGAACCUGUCCACCCAGGGCUCUCCCCACGACGCGGCUGCGGCCGGCCACGGCUCCAUGCAGGCCGUGCAGGGUGGCAGCAUCACUAAGGGCAUCCCAGGGACCAGAGUGUACCAGGACUCCCCCAUCUCGUACCGCGGAGGCUCCAUCACCCAGGGCACCCCCGCUGACGUUCUGUACAAGGGGACCAUCACCCGGCUUAUCACGGAGGAGGGCCCCGUCCGGGGGGAGCGCGGAGAGGGCCUCUCCAAGGGCCACGUGGUCUACGAGGGCGUCAGCGGACACAUUCUCACAUACGACCGCUCCCAGAACCCCAAAGAAGACGGCCGUGGCCCCGGGCAGGCUGGGGACCUCCUGGCUAUGAAGCGUUCCUACGACGUCAUGGAAGGUGGGAUAUCCAGGGGCCUCCCCAUGAGGGACACGCUCUCUGCCGCUAACUGUGAGGGUCUGAUUAGUCGAGCCAUGCCUCACGAGAGGGACAGCCCGCACCACGCCUCCUUCAAAGAUGCCCACCACAUCCGGGGCUCCAUCUCCCAAGGCAUACCGCGCCACCUGGAGUCCCAGGACCCCUACAUGAGGCGGGAGGCCAAGCACGUGAAGCGGGAGCCCUCCCCACCCCGCGGGCCCCCUUCUAUGGCGGACCACCUGAAGGGCCGGGACCCCAUGGUGCCCACGGUGAAGGAGGGGGGCCGCUCCAUCCACCUCAUCCCCCGGGAGGAGAUGAGGCACCCCCCCAAGGAGGGCAUCAUCACCCAGGGCACCCCCAUGAAGCAGGAGCCGUCCAGCCAGGGCAAGCGCCACGACGUCCGCUCCAUCAUCGCCAGCUCGCCGCGCUCCUACCACAGCGUGCCCCCCCACGGCGUGCCCGCCCACAUGGACAUGCGCGCCGAGCGGCCCCGCUACGAGGAGGGACCCAAGGGCCGGCCCAGCGCCGUGGUCAGCACGGCCAGCUCCAUGGCCCGCUCCUCGCCCCUCACGCUGGGGCCCGAGCAGGGCGGCAAGAGCCACCACAGCCCCGGGGGCUACGACGACAAGGGCUCGCUCAGGGCCCCGUACCCGGGCCCCUCCCACCGGGGGUCUCCUCUGUCCCGGGAGGCCAGCCAGCGGCAGCAUGAAGGCUCCAGUAAGAACCCGCCUCAGGAGCGCAAGGCCACGCCCACCCCCAGGGAGAUGAACGCCACUAAGUCCCCACUGCCAAGCAUGGCGGAGCAGCAGCAGCAACAACAGCACCAACAGCACCAACAACAACAACAGCAGCAGCAGCAGCAGCAGCAGCAGCAGCAGCAGCAGCAACAACAGCAGCAACAGCAACAAGCACAGCAACAGCAGCAACAACAGGUGUCGCUGGCUAACUAUGAGCGUCUGCUGCAGGGACUGGGCGCUGCGGACAUGUACCGCGGUCAGAUCCCGCUGGCCUUCGACACCGCCACGCUCCCCCGUGGCAUCCCCAUCGACCCGGCAGCCUACUACCUGCCCCGCCACCUGGCCCCCAACCCAGCCUACCCCCACUCCCACUCCUACCCCUACCUGAUCCGGAGCUACCCGGACACCACGGCCCUGGAGAACCGCCAGACGCUGCUCAACGACUACAUCACCUCCCAGCAGAUGCACCAGUGGCCCGCUGCCGCCGCCAUGGCGGCCCAGCGCACGGACCUGCUGAGGGGCCUCUCGCCCCGGGACCAGGCCCUGCCGCUGCAGUACUCCACCGCCCCGCGCGGUAUCAUCGAUCUGUCUCAGGUGCCACACUUACCCGUCCUGGUCCCCCCCUCCGCAGGGGCCCCCCCGGGCUCCACCAUGGACCGCAUCAGUUACAUUCCAGGCGGCGCUGCUGGCUUCCCGGGCAGGCAGUACACCACCUCCCCCGUGGGUUCCUCGCACAUGAACAAGAUGCAGGGCACGCCGCCCGCGCCGGAGCGCGAGCGGGAGAGAGACCGGGAGCGGGACCGCGAGAGGGAGAGGGAACGAGACCGCGAGAGGGAUCGCGAGCGGGAGCGCGAGAGGGAACGCGAGCGGGAUCGAGAUCGCGAGAGGGACCGGGACAGAGACCGGGACAGGGACCGGGAGAAAGGGGGUUCCCAUGGCAACGUGGAGCACGCGCCCAUCUGGAGACCAGGUACAGAGCACAGCUCCGGGGGCAGCAGCUCUGGCAGUGUGAGGGCCGCCCCACACCCCUACGGCCACCAGCACUCCCCCGUGUCCCCCCGCACCCAGGACAGUGUGCAGCAGAGGCCCAGCGUCCUGCACAACACCGGGGGCAAGGCCAUGGCCCUCAGCGACCACGGGGGCUCCUCCGUGCUAAGGUCCAUGCCUUCGGGGUCGUCCCGCUACCCAGGCUACCCGAGCCACCUCCAGCGGACGGGCCAGCCCCCCGAGGCCUACCCCUCCGGGGGGGACCCCACCAAGGAGCUCGGCCGCGACGGCUGCAAGAGUAGGGGGGGCCUCCCCAAGCACAUGCAGGAGCAGAUGGGGCCCUCGGGCAAAGCGGACCCCAAGCUCUCCGGCUCCAGCCCCGGAGUGGUGUACCCCGGGUCCUACCCGCCCGGCUCCGGCCGCCCCCCCCAGCACCUGAUCCCCCCUCAGUCGGACCCCCCCGGGGCCCGGGGGGAAAGCGGUACAUCUAGUAGGGAAAAGACUCAAAACAAAGCGGUGUCCAUUCAGGAACAAGAGCUCCGAGCACUCGCUCAACAGAAGAUGGGCUCUAUGGAGCAGCAUGGCAUGUACCAGCCCCAGGCGGAGGACCGGAUGUCCCCCGGCCAGCAGCCCCCCUCCCCCCUUGUGAAGGGCGUACAGAGGGUGGUCACCCUGGCCCAGCACAUCAGCGAGGUCAUCACUAAAGACUACACCCGGCAGAGCCAGCAGCAGAGCUACCACAGUUCCCCAGUGCUCGACCUCACCCGUCCUCCCAGCGUCCCCCAGCCCAUGUCCGCCUCCCAGGACCCCGGGACGGGCCCCCGCUACGCCGCAGACGGCCCCAAUGUGGACCGCAACCGCGACCGGUCGCCCCCUCAGCCCAAGACGUCCCCUGUCAGCAUGUCCAACAUUGGCAUCGAGCCGGUGUCCCCCGCGGGCGCCAGCUCUGACCCCGAGACAUUGGGAGGCGCCUCGUACCCCAGCGACCAGGGGGAGCCAGGCAUGGUGUCUCGCUCGCCCCCCAACCCCACCCAGCACCCCGCCUUCUUCAGCAAGCUCACAGAGAGCACCUCUGCCAUCGUCAAGUCCAAGAAGCAGGAGAUGAUCAAGAAGAUGACCGUCGUGGGCACUGACGGAGACUUCAACGCUGGUCAGCCCGGGACAGAGAUCUUCAACAUGCCAGCAUCCACGACCGCUGCAGGGCCGGUGAGCGUCCGUAGCCACGCCCCCCAGGAGACCUCCGGGAACUCCAUUGGCCUGGAGGCCAUCAUCAGGAAGGCGCUGAUGGGGAACUAUGACGACCAGGCGGAGGAGCGGCCCCCCUCCAACCCCCUGGCCCCCGGGGGGCCCCCCUCCAUGGCGGAGGACGCCUACGCGCAGCAAGGUGGGGGUAAGCCGUCCAAGAGCAGCGGGCGGUCCAACGGGAGGAAGGCCAAGUCCCCCGGGCCGGGCCAGCAGCCCCCCCCCACAGAGAGACCCUCCUCCGUGUCCUCCGUCCACUCGGAGGGGGACUGCAGCCGACUCACCACCCGCGUGUGGGACGACCGCCCCUCCUCCACAGGCCCCACCCCCUUCCCCUGUAACCCGCUGACCAUGCGCUUCCCCAGCGGCAUUGUGUCGGCCGCCUCGCCCUCCCCCGGCCAACAGGGGGCCCCCGGGGGCCAGGGCCGGCCCUGGGAAGAGGAGGCCAAGCCCCUGCUCUGCUCGCAGUACGAGACGCUGUCGGAUAGCGAGUGAUGGAGACCAGACCCCGCCCCUCUCUCUCUCUCACACACACACACAUUCACACACACUCACACACACACACACAAUCAUCUCCAUGCUGCUGCUGAUAACUGAAUCACUUCCACACACGUACACACACAUAACGGACACGCCCACACAUAACGGACCCGCCCACACGUACCGGACACGCCCACCGAGACAUCAUUCCGCCCUACCGAUUCCUGGUGGUUUGGUUGGCUCCUGAUAUCUGGCCCCUCCCACCGCCACUCCUCUGAGAUGUGAGGCCCAACCCUCCCACCCCGAAAACACUGCUGCUCUCUGUGUGUGUGUGUGUGUGUGUGUGUGUGUGUGUGUGUGUGUGUGUGUGUGUGUGUGUGUGUGUGUGUGUGUGUGUGUGUGUGUGUGUGUGUGUGUGUGUGUGUGUGUGUGUGUGUGUGCGUGCGCACAUCUGUAUUAUUGUGUAAUGCACUCUCGUAUGGGACUACUCUAAAAGGACGAAUCACUUUCUCUUUAGUUUGUUUUUUAAGCGUUGGCCAUGUCAUGUUGUUCGUCCCUCUGGCCUUAUCAGCGGGGCCCGGUGGCACCUCCUCCUGGUCUCUGGACCCCUGGGGGUCCACGCCUUCGUCUGGACUCGGGUGUCUCGGUGCAGCACCGCCCGCAGCACCAGGGUGUUCAAGGGCCCCUGGUCUCCGGGCAGAUUACGCAAAGGCGCCUCUGCAGCCGGUACGGGGCCCCAGAGCUCCUCCUGCUCCUCCCAGUUAUGUCUCUCUCUCUCUCACUCUCUCUGUCUCUGUCUCUGUCUCUGUCUCUCUGAGAAGUGAGCAGUCGUAUUUCAGUUGGUUGUUUUCUUCAAAAGGAAACCUUUUUGAUGGUGUCACUCGUUGUCUUUUCUGCAACACGUAUAUCAUUUUUCUCUCUGGUCUGGUUCUCCAGGAGAAUGGAGGGAUCGUACUGGGAGGCCGUUGGUUUACAGGGUAGACAUACUGUUAGGGGUGUCAUGGUGGGUCGAGGCAGGGUGGGGGAAGGCCAGAGGGCCUGUCCCCCCUCCCCCAGGGGUCAGAAGAGAGGAAGUGUUUAUGGGUUUGGGGCGAUGAGCAACAAGCAACCCUUUCUUCUCACCAUUUUUAUAUUAACCAUGUCAAUGUUUGUCAAAAAAAGAAAAUCAGAAAAAACUGUUGAUUUGUACUGUUUGGGAUGUUUGGGAUGUAGCACUUAGUUUGACGGUCGGUUUCACAAUGGCAUUUUACACAUGUUGGUUGUUUUGGGGUGGGCUGUAUAAAAGACUUAAAAAUGAAAGAAAACUGCAGGAAAUCGUACCUGUUGGACCCCCCGUUUCCGCACCUCCCCCCUCGCGCCUCCCCCUCUCCUGUCUCCCCCCUCCCCUCCCCCACUUUGGCUGCCUACAGUUCUCCAUUUCAAUUUUCAUUCUUUCUUCAAGCGACAAUCGCAGUAGGUGGAUGAUGACAUAUUUAUAUACGUAUACAGUAUGUAUAAAUAUGUAUAUAUUUAUAUAUAUGUAUUCAUAUAUAUAUCCGUAUAUGUGUGGGCGUAUAUAUAUUAUUCAUAUAUACAAUAUAUACUCUCACCAUUCCCUUCCCGUCAGUUUUUCUGUACAGUUCUGUUUCUAGUGUUAUGUGCCAUUUAUUUUCAUACACAGUACUACAGGGAAGAGUCAGACCAAGUCUCACUCCACCACUCCCAUUACGCCACAGGGAACCUCCCAGUCCAAAGAGGGCGCUCCCAGUAUACACUUCUGGUGUGUUUGGUUUUCUCUCUGCUCCUCAACUCAUUAACAAUCAAAGGCGUUACUUCUCAUCAGGUAACCUGACCUUUGACCUCAUGUCCUACAGCCUUCCUCCAUUUGGAGGUCACUGCGCUCUCCACCCCAUCAUGUGUGUUUAGUCCCCUGGAGCUCAGAGCUCAGGGUGGUGUCUGCUGCUACAGUCGGCAUGGAAACCUCUGUGUUUUUACUACGUCACAUGAGCAUGGGAGACUGGUCAGUCCGACCGUGUCCACCGUUUUCCUCUUUCUCCACUCUGACCAUAACUGGUCUCCCAUCACCUCUCUCUCCACAUGACCCGUUACCGGUCGUCUUCAUCCAGCCAGCCGUCUGGGUUCUGCGGUUCUGUGUGAUGUCCUCCUCCCCCCCCCCCCCCCCCCUCCCCCGUGUGUGUCAGCCCCCAACUGAUGAUGGAUGUCGGUGUGACUGUAAAUAGACUAAAGCCAUACACAGGUGUUCUCCAAGAAAUCCACCAGAGAGAUCCUACUUGGUUUUUAAGUGUAGUGAGAUAUAUUUUAAGCGUUGAUCAUGUUUCCGGUUUCUUCUUUGUGAUUACGGUCAUGUCUUUCUCCACUCCACGUUGUCAGAGAUCCAAACCGCGGUGGUUCACGAACAAGGAUUUGCCUUUAUAUUGACGGUUCUUUUUAAGUGUGGUCCUGGGUUUCAGUGACAUCAACAGUACAUUGUUCGUACACCAUAUUGUGCAUAAUGAUUUUUCUUUUUUUAAUUAUAACCCACUGUAUAAUAGCAAGGAUUGUAUAUAGAACUGAAGAGAUGUAAAUAUUUAUGUGGCUUGCUUCAAGGUUGGUAUUUACAGAAAACAAAAAAAAAACUAUUCACACUGUUAAAUUCUACAUGCCCACCAGCAAGCUUUGUGGAUAGCAGUGUAAAAUGAAAAACAAAAAAGACACUGCCUUAAUGUUUAAAUAAAAAGCUUAUUGCCAUUGAACAAUGCUCCAGUCUGUUUUGUGCAUUUUGUUUUAAUUCAACGCCACAAUGUAGCAAAGGGUAAUGGCCACAUGAGGGCAGUGAACCCUCCUUCGCAAAGGGACAUGGCUUGAUCUGUUGAUUGUUUGGGUCCUCAACACCAUGUAAAAGCAGGAAUUGUAUUUUCCUAUAUGUUUAGAUGUUAGUAUUACAUACCAUGGCUGUCAGCCAUGCACUCGGCUAUUAAUUGAAAUUGGUUGAAGAAGGGCAUGUGUGGAUGUCAUUGUUAGUCCUUUUCUUGCUGGCAACUUUUUUCUAAACCGAAACACAGUCACCAAGCCACGACCCCUCCAGUGAUAUCUACUGCUGUGUGUGUGUGUGUGAAUCCGAAAUCAAGUGCAACCUUCAGAAGGGAACUCCUUCCUUACCUUUGUUUAUUGUUGAAUUGUUAAGGGGCAGAAAUCUGCCCCUUAAUAGACAUACUCAGUUGUGUUGUUUUAUUUGGAUCCCUCGGUUCAAAUAAAACACGUGAAGAGUAAACUGACCUUUGAGGUUAUGGGUUUAUUACUAAACGUGGAUAUACAUAUUUUUUAAAUUAUUUUAAUUUGUUCAGAACUGGAACGAUAAUUAGACAAGUUGAAAUGUACAAAAAUAUAAAGAAAACGAGCAAGUGCCUUGAUGCCACAUAUACAACAGGAAAUAUCUUCAGUAAAAAAAAAACACGAAACAUGGGUGAAGAAGACGCUAAACAAUUGUACACAAUUCCAUAAGGAUGUUUUCAAAUUUGACACCCUCAUUUGUUUUAACUUUUAAGAGCUUCUUCUGCCCCUGAAUUCCAACAGACCAACGACACAUAUCACAACCCUCAAACAUCAGGAGAAGAACAGUUCUCUAGUUCAGCCCCCAUAAGACCCCUCUGAAUCUCCUUUCAGGCUGACUCGCUCUCUCCCACUCUGCUAUUUAACGUACUGUUCCCUUUUAUAUCUCGUGCUUCCGUCUGACUGUACUAAUCAUGCCCCAUCGCCAUAGUUACCCCUUGCCCUUCUCUGAAUGCUUUGAAGAAAAGGCAUUAUUUAAAGUCUUUCAAAACCAUGACGAUAUCUGAAAUACACAUUAUUAAGGAAAGUUAGCCUACGUUUGCCUAAAAAAGACUAUCAACAGAAAUAAUUGAGGUAACAUCUGAAUUCUUCAAAAUCAAUAUUUUGCAAGAUCAAUU